CGCCGUAAAGCGCCGGGGCAUGGCGGCCGUGCCGCUGCUGCUGCUGCUGCGGGCGGGCGGCUCCUGCCGCCGCCACCGCCGCCUCCUCACCGCCUCCUCCUCCUCUUCCUGCUCCGCCGGCGGCGGCCGCGCGGCUGAGCGCGGGGAGCGGCCGGACAGCGCGGGCCUGGGUUUCAGCCCCCCCGCACACUCCCACAACGACUGGAUCGGGCCCCCGGACAAGCAUUCCAACCUGCGCCCCGUCAUCUUCUACGUGCCCCCCGAGGAGUCGCCCCUGGAGCGGCGGCUGCGGGAGGCACGGCAGGAGGCCCAGGCCUGCAACCAGCGCUUCUGGGCACGGCACAACUGUGCCUUCCGACAGGAAAAAGAAGAAUUUAUUUAUUCAAGACUGAAAGCCAAGGGUCUGGAAAUGAGAGAUGAAAAAGGUCAAAAAGCAACACUGAAUGCAGAAGAAAUGGCUGACUUUUACAAGGACUUUCUAAGUAAAAAUUUUAGAAAACAUAUGCAGUAUAACAGAGAUUGGUAUAAACGUAAUUUUACGAUCACAUUCCUCAUGGGACAAGUAGCACUGGCAAGAGCUCUGAGGUGGCUUCGUUGGAAAAAGAAAAAUGUAGAACGUUAAUCACAGCUCUGUGAAGAAUGCAACACUAGCUAGGCCUGGUAUAAAAAUGUUUAUAGUGAUGUUCAGAAUCUGAAUGAUGUAAUAAUUGCUUGAGUCUGUUUGUUAAACUAUGUCAAUAAAAGUCAAUAUUGGUCUUAAUUUAUAAUCACUACGCAGAUUUCCUUUAACCUUUAUUCCAAGAAAAUAUAAAAUAUUUCUCCACCAAAAUAAAACUAAGAAAACUGUUAAAAACUCUUUCUCGUUUACAUCAAAUGGAAUGGGUAAUAAUGACUGUCACAUUUUUACCACAGAACCAUGGCUGCUAAAUAACAUGUGAUUCAGUCUGCUCUCCUGAACUCUGGUCACAGAAUGAUGUCUCCACCAACCAUAUUAGUAUAUAAAGACAAAAAUGCCUCAUUUUGCAGCAGUUGCCUGUCUGGGGCAGUAGCAAUCCAUAUGUAAUACAAAAUCGAUGAAGGAACAAGUAUGAUUUGUGAGUAUAUAUGCAAUCCAUUUUGAAUAAUCCUCUCUUCAGUGUGAUUAUUCAAUAUUUUUAGUAAAGAUUUAAGAUAGGAUUUCCUAUAAAUUACUAAUGCAGUAGGAUCUUCAUAAAUAUAUUUUUUUUUAUUAAAAGGAAUGUGUCUUCCUUGGAGAAGAAUUCCUCUAACCUAUAAUUGGUAAAGAUUUUAGUUGCCAAGCAAUAAAGCAGAUGCUUUAUUGCAGAUGCAAGCCACUUAAUCUUGGUAGAAGAGGAAACUGGUAACUGCUGUAAGGAGAACAACCUUACUACAAGUAAGCACUACUUUCUCCUGGUUCAUUUCUUUCAAAAAAAGAUGCUGUUCUCAACAGUUUCUCUGAGGCACUCAAAACUACUCACCUGAGGGUGAUUUUUCUGGCCUCCAGGUAUGUAACAUCACUUGGAAGUAUGUUGGUUCAAGUGAAGUCUUAAAGUGUUAUGCCAUGUAUUUGUAAUUUAAAAGAAGUUUCAUUCCCCAGAAUGUUCUCUCUGCCCUUUUAUACAGUUAAAUGAUUUUUUUAUCCACUGCCUACUAAGAGGAUUCUGAUAAAAAGAAUGUAUGCUGUCAGAUGAAGUGUAUUUUCCUAAAGCUUUGCUGUAGGGAAGGUUCUGCUUUUGGAAACAUCAUCUCAGUAGCCAUUGACCUGUUUUUCAUAUCUAAACAUGACAUGAUUUAUUCACAGACUUUUUCAGCUGGAGCAAAAAGAGCUUUGUCUGUUGUAUCAACUGUAAUAAUUCCUUUGCAAGAUGAAAUAAAUAUUAAUGAUAUAGUAGUGGAUCUCACUGUUGCAUACAAUGAUGAUAUUAUUGGUGCUAAAGUGGUCACUGAAUUGUGUAAGUGUUGUGUUAUUAGUAAAUUAAAACAGUAAUUAAUGGUGUUUGCUGAGAUAAUAGCCAAUACUUCUAGCAAAAAUAUUUGUGAAUGUUACACUGCAUCAGUGCUGUAAUUAAAAAUUUACAAAAUGCCA